UCGGCGUCUCUGGGACAGGACGGCGUGUCCGAGUCCUCCGGGAGGACGAGCGUCUCAUCGGCUCUGUGUGUGUUUGUUUGUGUUCAGCUCCGUAGAGCGUUCAGGAGCAUCCGGAACGCUCUGCCUCAGAUCUUCUACGUCUUCCUGCUCUUCAUGUUCAGCGUCCUCAUCUUCUCCCUCAUGGCGCUCAAACUGCUCGGCAAACGCGGUCUGAAGACCAUCGACGGAGAUCCGUACUUCACCAACUACCUGGAGAUCGUCUUCGACCUUUACGUCCUCGUCACCACGGCCAACAGCCCCGACGUCAUGAUGCCGGCGUACAACAGCAGCUUCGUCUUCGCCAUCUUCUUCAUCUUGUACAUCCUCAUCAACACCUACAUCUUCAUGUCCGUCUUCUUGGCCGUCGUCUACAACAACUACAAGAAAUACCUGAAGGAGGAGGUACGGCAGCUGGUGAGGGCCAAGAGGCACAAGAUGGUGCGGGCGUUCGCCGUGCUGCAGGAGCAGCGGGAGGGCGGCGGCGAGCCCGUGGUGACGCAGGCCAACUGGACCCAGCUGGUCAAACUGGUCCAGCCCGACAUCAGCAACGCUCACAGAGAGCUGCUGUGGAGCGUCUCCGACGACAACAACCAGGGCUGCAUCG